CAUCGUAGAGGUUGGUUUUUUUUUUAAACGUCAGAUCGUCGUCGUGUUCGCCGCAGUACUCUGCACAUAUAUACACAAAAUUGUAAAGUUAAACUUGGUUAAAUAACGUUUGUUACGAUGUGAAAAGUGCGCGUCGCGAACGCGUGUUCGACAGCUUCGUUCAUCGGCUCGGCCCUGCUCCGACUCCGACUCCGGCUCCGGCUCCGACAUCGCAGUUUGGAAAAGAAGUUAUGAAAGUAUACGACGAUGAGAAUGAUUUCAAUGAGAAUAUAUUCACCGUCGAAAAAUCAGACUACGAGUUAGAUCCCGACUACGGUUGGGGUCCUUGUCACGAGGGUGCACGUGAACUCGCGCAACUUUAUGAUAAAAAUAAGAGAAUUUUCGAUUGCAUAAGCGUAUUCUUGAGCUUUAUACUUCUGUUCAUCAAUGGAAUCUACGUAGUAAAAUUUUUUAUAAAAUUUGGAACCUUGACGUAUAGCGUUCUGUGUGGAUUAUGCGGUAUCCUAACAGCUGAUUUUCUAUCCGGCGUUGUACAUUGGGUAGCCGAUACUUGGGGAUCGACAGAUUUACCAAUAAUUGGCAAAAAUUUCUUACGACCAUUUCGAGAACAUCAUAUCGAUCCGACUUCGAUAACCAGACAUGAUUUCGUCGAAACAAAUUCAUACAAUUUCUUGGUGCUGAUUCCUGUCUCCGUCUAUAUGCUUUGGAACUUCGUAACUAAAUCUCAGGAGGAAAUACGAUCCGAGUACAAUUGGUCGCUGUACUUAUAUUUACUGGGAAUAUUCGUCGCAUACACCAAUCAAAUUCACAAAUGGUCUCAUACGUAUUUCGAUCUUCCAAAAUAUGUAGUAUUUUUACAAAAAUAUCAUAUAGUAUUACCCCAAAGACAACAUCGGUAUCACCACAUUGCACCGCAUGAAACCUACUAUUGUAUAACGACCGGCUGGCUGAAUUAUCCUUUGGAGUGCAUUAAUUUUUGGAGCACACUGGAACGACUGAUAACAAACAUUACCGGAUAUGUGCCACGAUCUGACGAUAUGCGUUGGGCUCAAAAAGGCGUGCGGAAAAAAUUCAAAGAAAAGCUAAUAAACGCGGAUACCCAAACAAAAGAAAUGACCAUUCUCAAAAAUCGUGGAGAUAUGCUAGUUAAUGGCAGGGUACCGAUUAAAAAACAGCAAGAAGAUCUAAACUAAUCAUGUUAAAAUUCUAACCAUAAAUCAUUGUUUGUUUCAUUGUUCACACUUUGUAAUUUUAAAUCAAAAAUUGUGUAAAGUAAAAAUUCUGUGUAAAUUGUA